GGCUCCUGUGGUGCUCUUCUUCGCCGGGCCCCCCCCAGCUGCCUUGUCUCCCUCGCGCGCCCUGGAGACAGUUCAUCACAAGCCUGGAAGAGAAGGGAAAGCCUGUCAGCCUCUGGAGUCCUGCUGGAGCCCCCACUCAGCCCACAGAGGACCAAGGCCUGGCCCCAGGAGGGAGCUGGAACCAGAGGGGAUGGCCCCCGGGAGCUGCAGGCCCCCGGCCCAGAAGUUGGUGAGAUUCAAAGAUGUGGCUGUGGACUUCACCCCAGAGGAGUGGGCCCUCUUGGACCAUUCUCAGAAAGAACUGCACAAGGAGGUCAUGGUGGAGAAUGCCCGGAACCUGCUCUCCUUGGGUCUUCCAGUUCCCAGAGAAGAUUUGAUCUCCCAUUUUGAGCAAGGGGAAGUGCCAUGGAUGCUGGAGAAAGAAGGCCCAAGAAACUUUUGUCAAGAUGGAAAGAUGAGGCUUGAAACCAGGAAGACUACCGGCACGCUGAGUAUUUCUGUGGAACAAUCCCAGCAGCAGAGAUUCAUGAAGGAUGGUCACUGCAACCUCAGUUUGGGAGAACUAGGUGACUCCGAUAUCAAGACAGAGAAAAAACAAAAGAGUCACUUUGAAUUUGACCAAGAUGGAAAGAGUUUUAGACAAUGUUUAGGCCUAAUGGACUGUAAGAAAACGACCUCAGGGAAUGACUGCUCUCAGGAUAAGGAAUGCUUUUCUGAACAAGUAGAGCUUGUCAAGGCUCAAGAGAAGCCUCCUGAAGUGCAAACUUAUCAGUGUGAUCAAUGUGAAAAGACUUUCAGCUUGAAUGCAGACCUAAUUAAACAUCAAAAAAGUCAUAGUAGAGAAAUGGUUUAUAUAUGUGAUGAAGGUGACAAGGCCUUCAGUUGUAAUUCAGACCUCAUUAGCCAUCAGAAAAUUCCUGAUGGAAAGAAACAUGGAUAUAAUGAAUGUGGUAAAACCUUUAAGCGACAGUCUUGCCUUGUUCACCACCAGAAAUUUCAUACUAGUGAAAAGCUAUAUAAAUGUAUGCAGUGUGGAAAGGCCUUCAGACAGCAGUCAUCCCUCGUAUCCCAUCAGAGAAUUCAUUCUAGAGAGAAAUCUCUUGAGUCUUAUCAAUGUGGUAAAACAGAGAAGUCAUCCCUUAUUGGAAAUCAGAGAACCCACAAUGGAAAGAAACUUUAUGAAUGUGAUACUUGUGGAAAGUCUUUCAGUAAGAGCUUUAGUCUUGCUUUUCAUCAGAGAUCCCACACUAUAGUUAAACCUUAUGACUGUGAUCAAUGUGGAAAGACUUUCAGAUACAGAUCCAGUCUUACUGUACACAAUCAGAGAAUCCACACUAGAGUGAAACCUCCGGAGUAUGGUGAAAAUUGUGAAAACUCAUCUCUUGCACAUCCCAGAAUCCACACGAGAGAGAAAUCAUAUGAAUGUAUUCAGUGUAGAAAGACUUUCAGACAGAGUUACAACCUUGCUGUACAUCAGAGAAUCCACAGUGGAGAGAAGCCUCAUGAGUGUAAUGAAUGUGGGAAAGCUUUCAUUGAGCACUCAUCCCUUAUUGUACAUCAGAGAAUCCACACCGGAGAGAAGCCUUAUGAGUGUAAUCAUUGUGGCAAGGCUUUCAGAUGCAAUUCGAAUCUUGCGAAACAUCAGAGAAUCCACAGUGGAGAGAAACCUUAUGUAUGUAAUAAAUGUGGAAAGACUUUCAGACAGAGCUCCAGUCUUGCUGUACAUCAGAGAAUCCACAGUGGAGAGAAACCUUAUAACUGUCUUCAUUGUGAAAAGACUUUCAGAUGGAGUUCUAGUCUUGCUAAACAUCAGAGAAUCCACAAUGGAGAAAAACCUUUUGAAUGUUAUCAGUGUGGAAAGACUUUCAGACAUAAUGCCAGCUUUGCUGAGCAUCAGAGAAUCCACACUGGAGAGAAACCAUAUGGCUGUAAUCAAUGUGGAAAGACUUUCAGAUGCAAGUCCAGUAUUGCUCUACAUCAGAGAAUUCACAAUGAAAAAAAACCUUAUAAAUGUAAUCAGUGUGGGAAGAAUUUCAGACAGAGCUCUGAUCUUGACGAUCAUGAGAGAAUCCAUACUGGAGAGAAACCUUAUGACUGUAAUCAAAGUGGGAAGGUUUUCAGAUGCAAGUCUAGUCUUGCUUUGUAUCAGAGAGUCCAAGGUGGCAAGAAGCCUCAUGAGUUUCAUGAAAGUGGUAAAGCUUUUGUUGAACACUCAUCCCUCUUUGUACACCAGAGAAUCCACACUGAAGAGAAACCGUAUGAAUGUAAUCAGUGCGGAAAAGUUUUCAGACGCACCUUCAAUCUGGCUCGGCAUGAGAGAAUCCACACUGGAGAGAAACCUUAUGAAUGUAAUUGUUGUGGAAAGACUUUCAGAUGCAGCUCCAGUCUGGGUAAACAUCAGAGAAUCCACACUGGCAAGAAACCUUACAAAUGUAAUCAAUGUGGGAAGACUUUUGCACAGCCUUUCAAUCUUGUUGAACAUCAGAGAAUCCACACUGGAGAAAAACCAUAUGAAUGUAAUCAGUGUGGAAGGGCUUUCAGAUGCAGCACCAGCCUUGUUGAACAUGAGAGAAUCCACACUGGAGAGAAGCCUUAUGAAUGUAAUCAGUGUGGAAAGGCUUUUAGACGCAGCUCCAAUCUUGCUCGCCAUCGAAGAACCCACACUGGAGAGAAACCUUAUGAAUGUAAUCAGUGUGGGAAGACUUUCACACAGACCUUCAGUCUUGUUGAACAUGAGAGAAUCCACACUGGAGAAAAACCAUAUGAAUGUAAUCAGUGUGGGAAGACUUUCAGAUGUAGUUCUAGUCUGGGUAAACAUCAGAGAAUCCACACUGGAAAGAAACCUUACUAAUGUAAUCAUUGGGGAAAGACUUUCACACAAACUUCCAAUCUUGCUCGCCAUCGAAGAACCCACACUGGAGAGAAACCUUAUGAAUGUAAUCAGUGUGGGAAGACUUUCAGCUCCACUCCAGCCUUGUUGAACAUGAGAGAAUCCGCAUUGGAGAGAAACCUUAUGAAUGCAAUCAGUGUGGGAAGAUAUUCCGAUGCAGCUCCAAUCUGGGUAAACAUCAGAAAAUCCACACUAGAGAGAAAACUUACGAAUGUACUCAGUGAAGUAAAACCUUUCAGCAACAGUCAUCUCUUUAUUUCCCAUAAGAGAAUUCAUACUCAAUAGAAACUGUAUCACUGUCAUUCAUGAGGAAAAGCAUUCAAAUGGAGCAUGUAUCUUGUUAGAUGUCAGAAGUUUCAUUCUGUCCACAAGCUCAUUAUAAAUUCAUGAUGGAAAAAUCUUAGUCAGAUUAUCUCUUUACAUUCAUUCAUAGUGGAGAGAAACACUAGACAUCAGAAAACAAGAUUUAUAGAAGCCAUGAUUGAGGGAAAGUCUUGACCUAGAGCCCUUACUUGAAUGGACAUUGGAGAAAUGAUGCUGGAGAUAAAACUUAUGGAUCUAAUUAAUAAGGAAAGAUCUCCUGCUUCAGUACAGAUCUAAUUAGACACCCCAAAUUUUGUACUGUGCAGAAAGCCCUACAAAUGUAAUUUUUCUGUGGAUUUUUAAAAAUUACUAUUCAAAAAUAGUCCAUAUCAUUCACAUGCGCAUAACUUCAUCAAGCAUACGCCAAUUGAUUAAUAUCCCCCUUGUUGUCUGUCUUGUUUUUGUACACAAAAAAUUCUGAUGGAAAUAUUUUGGUAACUGUUGGAUAUUUGUUUCUGUAAUGAUUUCUUUCGGCACUAAGUGGGGCAAUGGUUGCUCUUAGAGCCUCAAGACCUGAGUUGAAAUUCAUUCUUAGACACUUACUAGCUAUGGGACCCUACGCAAGCCACUUAAUCUAUUACUGCCUCAGUGUUCCUCAUCUGUAGAAUGUGUAUAUUAAUGAUACUUUCCUCCAAGAAUUGAAGUGAAGAUCAAAUGAAAUAAUACUUGUAUAGAACUUUGUAAAUAUUAAAUCACUAUUUAAAUGUUAGCUGUUGUUAUUCUUU